CAGAAAUCCUGUUUGCUCUUCCCCUCAUUAGCUCCUGGUUGGGCUCUGGCCCGUGUUGAGGAGCUUGUAGAGUUGAAAAUGAACCCCACGGACACAGCAGAGACCACCAUGGAUGAAAGCAUCUACAGUAAUUACUAUCUCUAUGAAAACAUCCCCAAGCCUUGCACCAAAGAAGGCAUCAAGGCCUUUGGGGGGCUCUUCCUGCCCCCUCUCUACACCUUGGUCUUUCUGUUUGGUCUCCUUGGCAAUUCUGUGGUGGUUCUGGUCUUGUUCAAGUACAAGAGGCUCAAGUCCAUGACUGAUGUGUACCUGCUCAACCUUGCCAUCUCAGACCUGCUCUUCGUGUUCUCGCUCCCUUUCUGGGGCUACUACGCUGCCGACCAGUGGGUUUUUGGACUAGGUCUCUGCAAGAUGAUUUCCUGGAUGUACCUCGUGGGCUUUUACAGCGGCAUCUUCUUCAUCAUGCUCAUGAGCAUUGACAGAUACCUGGCCAUAGUGCACGCAGUGUUUUCCUUGAGAGCGAGGACCUUGACAUAUGGGGUCAUCACUAGCGUGGUCACGUGGUCUGUGGCUGUGCUGGCCUCUCUCCCAGGCUUCCUAUUCAGCACCUGCUACACGGAGCGCAACCACACCUACUGCAAAACCAAGUACUCGGUCAACUCCACAAGAUGGAAGGUGCUCAGCUCCCUGGAGAUCAACAUCCUGGGGCUGGUGAUCCCCUUGGGCACCAUGCUGUUCUGCUACUCCAUGAUCAUCAGGACCCUGCAGCACUGCAAAAACGAGAAGAAGAGCAAGGCGGUGAGGAUGGUCUUCGCUGUGGUGGCCCUCUUCCUGGGCUUCUGGGCACCUUACAACAUGGUGCUC